AUGGCGGAGCCAAUGGAGAUUUCUUCUUCAUCAGAACAUCUCAAUCUUCAAUCUAUCCGCAGUCGAAUAAGUGAGCUCUCUGAGAUUCAUAGUAGCAAUAAAAAUGAAAUUGAGAGUGAAGCUCUCUCUUCGGAUUCGGAGAAGUUGCUCAAUGAUUUCCCUUCUCAUUUCGAGGUGAUCCCGAGGAAACUGAAGCAAAUUAUGAAAGAGUAUUCUGAUGUGGGUUUCUUAGGCAUUGAAGAUUUAGAUAAAUACCUAGCAUACUUGAAAGAGGAGCUUAAUCAAGUGGAGGCUGAAAGUGCCAAGAUUUCUAAUGAAAUUGAGGAUCUAUCAAGAAAUCAAAUUGAAGAAUCAAAUAUUCUGGAAGGCAAUCUUGAAGGCUUGAAAUGUGCAUUGGAUUCUAUUGCAACUCAGGAGAUAGUUGAAGAGGAUCCAUGCUUUGACUCUUCUAUGAAUGAUGAUCAUCAAUCAACUCUGAUGGAUGCAAAUGAAGAGCAAAAGUUUGAGGUUCUUUUGUUUCUUCUCACUUGCUUCUCGAAUUUGGAACUAGAAACUCAGAUUGAGAAGAACAACUUAAUUUUGAAGUCUUUGCAGGAUCUUGAUUCUACAUUCAAAAGAUUAGAUGCCUUAGAACACAUUGAAGAUGCACUAACAGGCUUGAAAGUCAUUGGCUUUGAUGGAAACUUCAUUAGACUGUCAUUACAGACAUAUAUUCCAAAAGUAGAGGGUGUUUUGUGCCAAACAAUGAUUGAAAAUAUUGAUGAGCCAUCUGAAGUUACUCAUGAAUUGCUGCUAGAGAUUAUUGAUGAUGGGACCAUGGAGGUCAAGAACGUUGAGAUGUUCCCCAAUGAUAUUUACAUAGGUGAUAUACUUGAUGCUGCAAAGUCUUACAGGCAACUAUCCUCUAACUUGGUGGCACAGGAGCCAUUGUCUUCACUGGAGUGGCUCGUGGGAAUAGUGCAAGAUAGGAUUAUCUUAAGUACUUUAAGACAAUUUGUCAUGAAGAGUACAAACAAAUCAAGGCAUUGCUUUGAGUACAUCGAGAAAGAUGAGACCAUUGCAGCUCAUUUGGUUGGGGGAAUUGAUGCAUUUAUAAAGGUAUCUCAAGGUUGGCCGCUAUCAGAAUCUCCAUUGAAAUUGUUAUCUGUCAAGAGCUCUGAUCAUUAUUCAAGGGGAAUUUCAUUGAGCUUGCUUUGCAAGGUUCAGGAAAUGGCUAAUUCCUUCGACACGAACAUUCGACAAAAUUUAUCGACUUUUGUGGAUGCUGUUGAAAAGUUACUUUUAGAACAGAUGCGCUUAGAGCUUCAGUCUGAUGGUGCCUCCGAUAAGUGA